AUAGAUAUGAAGAGUGCGUCACGGGAAAGGCAGAAAGAGAUCUGCAUUCAUACAGUGCUCCUCAACCCUCCACAGAUCCAAGUGAUAAGCUAUUUGAUGUAGAUUCAAGUUGGCUGAGGGAUAAAAUGCUAGAUUCUACUAUAAAAGUGAAGGUUACACCAAUGCUAUUGAUCAAUUGUGGGCUACCAAGCAGCAGGAAAACCACAGCAUUAAAGAAGCUCUUGCAAGCAGCUUCAGAUUUAAAGGCAGAAGAUGGUAUUGGAUUUUGUGAUGUGUAUGCUGCUCGAAAUUUACUCGACAAUAAGAUUGUGUUUAUGUCUCCACUACAAAAAACCGAAGAGUAUUCAUUAGUAAUGUAUGCAGGAGUAGAAAAUCUGGCUCGGUCAUCUGACAAAAGAAUUAGAGUGCGACCAUCACAUUUUUCUGGAUUCUCUAAUCAAGAUCUAAAUGAUCACUUUACAGCUAUUAUCAAGGACCUGCAUAAAAAAUAUCUCAUUAAGCAACACGAUGAGCCUACUGAAUGGGAUCAAAGCCAUACGUGUGGGUUAGCCCUCAUUAAUGUUUGGGAUCUUGGUCUUAACAAGAUACCAACUUACGUUCUCUCAUGUCUUGCUGGUCAUCUCUACAAUAGUCAUGUUUGGAUGUUUCUUGAUCUGCUACGUGAUGUUGAUCAUCUUUAUGAAGUUCCUGAUAUUCCAGAGAAUUAUAGCACAUCACGUAAUGACAGGGAGCUCAUAAUGAGGUGGAGAUCACGUAUUCGUUAUUUUGUUCGUUUUGCUAAACUUGCUUCAAUGAAAAAUGGAAAUCGUAAAAAAGUUUGCAGCAUAAUUGCUAGCUACAAUGGAUCGAAAGAUCUUGAAGAAAAAAUGGAGAAGUUAAGAAAUGCUCUUAGUACUGUUUCCAAGCAAUUAGGUCUCCAAGAUCUUAUAGAUAUCGAAAAGCUAGAAGUUUUUCACAAUGAAGAUAUUGAUCCUUUGUAUAACCUUUUGCAAAAGAAAAUAAAAGAUAGUCUAGAGUAUCAUACAGAAGAAAUACCACUUUCUUUUUGGUUUCUUCGAAGUUUUUUUAUAAGAAAGAUCAUAAAUGCCAUGUAA